AUGUCCCUGACAUUUUCCACCGCUGAACGUGAUGAUCACGUGGUCACAUUAGUUAAAUUUUCGCGUAACUGUACAUGUGUAUAUAAAUACGUAAAAUCUAUCACGUUUUCAUUACAUUAGACAUUUUUCAAAUCAAUAUCUUGAACGACACAACAUUUAUAUUUUACCAGAAUGAACCAGUAUUCGAUAACACAGUUGCAAGGAUUUGAAAACGAUUGCUAGGACACAGUUUGAAUUCUACUAUUGUCUUUUAACAACGAUUCUUCUUUCAGAGCACUUAUCAAUAGAUAUUUCUAUCAAAGAUGGUGACACCAUCAAAUUUAAUCCUUUUGCUACGCAAAAGUUUAACCGCAAUCAACUAUCGCUACUUGGUACGUCAUCAUUUGUUUUAUUCUAUGAGUAUUCGUUAAAACCACGGUGUGUUUGAUUAAAUACAUAUUACGUUGUUAAAUUCAAUGUCUUGCCGAUUGCGAAAUGGUACAUGAACGGAUUCGUGCUCGUAUCACAUUUUAAACGAAACACGAUUUGAUAUCGACAAAUGAUACGCAUUAAUGUAAAUAUCAAAUACACGGGAAAUAAAACACGUGAUAAUAACCUCUCUGCACGAUCAAUGCCGUGAUGACACUGCUCAUUCGGAAUCGUGGAUGACAAACUACUGAGUGAGCUUAGCACGCAGGGUACAAUGAUUACGUCAGUCGGUCCAGCAGUUGUUAUCUAAUUUAACGGACACAUGUGGCUUCAAUUUUCUGAUGCAACUUAUACGAUACAACUUAUUGAACUCGCUUUAAAUUGACAAUUAACAUCUGUAUCCUCUGUACAAUGAGAUUUGACAUCGAUUAAUACGUGUCUCUCGCGAGAGAGGUUAAUAUCGAUGUUUUUCGCCACGUUCCUUGAUCCGGUAUUUGAAAUUACACACGUUUGAUGUUGUUACACGUUACACGUUUAAUGAUCUUACGAUUCAAUUCAAGAAUUCUACUAAACAAUGUCAUGUACAUAUGAAAUUUAUAACACCGUUAAAAUGUUAAAAUUGUAAUGGAACAUACGAAUAACAUUUACUAUUAGAAGAUUCUUGGGCUUUGGUGGUUUGUCACAAAUUGUAAUUUUCGCAAUUGAAUAA